CACUGCUUCCUUACUCUGGCCUCCACUCCCACUGUCCACUCUCUCUAUCUCUGUGCACUCAUGGUUUCGGUUCUCUUCCUCUUCGUUUUGACGCUCAUGAUCGCCCAGCUUACACGUGCUGAACUCCCGGGCACGUGGGAGCUCCUGGUGCCCAACGCAGGCAUAGCCUCCAUGCACACGGCCGUGACGCGCUACAACACAGUGGUCCUCCUCGACCGCACCAACAUCGGGCCCUCCCGCAGAAUGCUCCCCAGGGGCCACUGCCGGAACGACCCAAACGACGUCGCUCUCAAGCGCGACUGCUACGCCCACUCCGUCGUGCUCGACCUGAAGACCAACGAAAUCCGGCCGUUGAUGAUUCUCACUGAUACGUGGUGCUCCGCCGGCCAGUUCCUCCCGGAUGGCACUCUGUUGCAGACGGGCGGUGACUUGGAUGGGUUGAGGAAGAUCCGAAAGUUCCAACCGUGUGAGGCAGACGGGUUGUGCAACUGGGUCGAGCUGAAAGACGUGGAGUUGGUGAACGGCCGGUGGUACGCUACGAACCAGAUAUUGCCGGACGGUUCGGUGGCUAUUGUCGGUGGGAGAGCAACUAACACGAUCGAGUAUUAUCCGCCAAGGAAAAACGGUCCCGUUUUGUUUCCGUUUCUUGCAGAAGUGGAGGAUAAGCAGAUGGACAAUUUGUACCCUUACGUUCAUCUCCUCCCCAACGGUCACCUUUUCAUCUUCGCCAACAACAAAGCCGUGUUGUACGAUUACGAGGCUAACAAGAUAGUCAGAGAUUAUCCACCGUUAGAUGGUGGCCCGCGAAACUACCCAUCGGCCGGAUCAUCCGCUAUGCUGGCCCUGCAGGGGGACUUCUCCACGGCCGUGAUUGUGGUGUGCGGUGGGGCGCAGUUCGGCGCGUUUAUCGAGAAGAGUACGGACACCCCCGCGCACGGUAGCUGCGGCCGCAUUGUAGCGACUGCACCCGACCCGGUUUGGGAAAUGGAGGACAUGCCAUUCGGGCGGGUAAUGGGGGACAUGGUCAUGCUCCCAACCGGCGAGGUUUUAAUUAUCAAUGGGGCCCAGGCUGGGACACAGGGCUUUGAGAUGGCCUCCAACCCGUGUCUCUACCCGCUUCUUUAUCGACCCGAUCAACCACUUGGGUUACGUUUCAUGACUUUGAACCCGGGUACCGUGCCCCGAAUGUACCACUCCACCGCAAACCUAUUGCCUGACGGGCGGGUAUUACUCGCGGGAAGCAACCCGCACAUUUUUUACAAAUUCAAAGCUGAAUUCCCCACUGAGUUGCGAAUUGAAGCGUUCUCGCCAGAGUACUUGUCAUUGGACCGGGCAAAUAUCCGACCCAUGAUCGAGGGGAUUCCCGAAAUAGUGCGUUUCGGGGAGGGCUUUGAUGUAUCGGUAUCGGUCUCGUUGCCCGUUGUGGGGAUUGUGGAGGUCAAUAUGGGAAGCGCGCCUUUUGCAACGCAUUCAUUUUCGCAAGGUCAACGGUUGGUCAAACUAGCGGUUACUAGCGCCAUUCCUGACGGUGAUCACCGUUACAAAAUCCGGUGUACGGCACCGCCAAGCGGGAUGGUUGCUCCUCCAGGUUAUUACAUGGUGUUCGCUGUCAACCAGGGCGUGCCAAGUGUCGCCCGUUGGGUCCAGCUUGUGGCCUAAUGAUUAUAGCUGUUUUAGGGUUAAAUUAUUUUAAAUCAUUUUUCGUUUUGGUUUUGGUUUUUAAAUUAAUUUUUCUUUUAGAUGUAUUGAUUAAAGACUUUUUUUUUUUAAUAAGCAAAUGAGAAAAAGGUUGA